AUGUCGGCUCCAGAGGGCUACAUCGAAGGCUUCGUCUGCACCCUGGACACCUGCUCCGUUGAGGACUGGGGCUAUAUCCGCUACCGGCCCAGCGUGCCCGGCAAUGCUAUCUUCCUGGCUGUCAUGGCCGUGCUGGCCCUCGCGCAGCUGUACCUGGGCUUUCGGCACAAGACGCGGGGCUUCAUGAUUACCAUGUGCCUGGGCCUGACGACGGAGACGCUGGGCUAUGUCUCGCGCGUGCUCAUGAACGGGAACCCAUUUAGCAGGGACUACUUCCUGUGGUACCUCAUCACGCUGACCAUCGGGCCCGUCUUUAUCGCCGCCGCCAUCUACCUGACCCUCGGGCACAUUGUCGUGGCCCACGGGGAGAGUAUCAGCCGCAUCAAGCCUCGCACGUACACGACCUUUUUCGUCGGCUGCGACAUUGUCAGUCUCGUCGUCCAGGCCGUCGGUGGUGGCAUCGCUGCCUCUACGCCCGUCACAAACCCAUACAUGAUUGACGUCGGCACCAACAUCCUCGUCGCCGGUCUCUCGAUCCAGGUUGCCUGCCUGUUUGCCUUCUCCGCCUGCAGUCUCGAAUUCUUCUGGCGCGUCAGGAAGAACCCCAGCAUGGCCAACCCCGAGUUCACAGACCUCGUCAACAGCAAGCGCUUCAAGUUCUUCCUCAUCGCUGUCCUGGGCGCAACCGGGUGCCUGUUUGUGCGAACGGUCUUUCGGUCGGUCGAGCUGAGCGAGGGAUUCGCAGGCGAGCUGGCCAAUAAGGAGGUCGAGUUCAUGAUCCUCGACGGCGUCAUGGUCAUCCUCGCCUCGCUGUGCUUGACCAUCUGGCAUCCAGGAUACGGCUUCGGGAAGCGGUGGAAUGAGACGGGCUUCCGCUUCCGCACCUCCAAGGCCAAGGUCAACGAAGAAGAGACUGUCACGCCGGUUGUUCCCGCUGGCAACGACAAGUUGGAGCCCGAGACGUCUGCCGAGAGGCUGUAG